UAGGUACUGACAGGGAGAGUUCGCUAAUACUGACAUGUAAAACUUACACUUUCUGUGAGUCCUGUAUUUAUCCAUAGUAAGAUUAAUAGUUACCUAAUUUAGUAUAUAUCGUUUAUAAAAUCAGACUCUUCAUACAACCAAGGACCAAAGGUUUUGGUGACUUGGGGAUGAAAUGGACUACAUCAAGUUUAACCUUACACUUUUUAGAUGUGAGGAUAGCUCAAAAUUAGAAAUUUCACCCACAUUGGAAACAAGCAAGGAUGACGUUGUUACAGUGGUAUCCAGUGAGGCACAUGUGAUCAAGAAUGUUUUGGGUGAUGACUUAUAUUCUAGUCUCAGAACCUUCUUUAGGUUUGAAGGGCAGAAUGAAGCGGAAUCAGACUUUGAACCAGAAAUUGAAGAUAUACAGCAAAAUCAUGUAGAAUUACAAAAAGACCCCUGCAGUGAUAUCAUUUCAAGUGUAGAACUAUACUUAACAUGGAAUACUGUUAUAGUGAUAAUCUCAGUGUUAAUAGGACUAGUGUUUUUUGUUCUUUUGGCGUGUCAAAGCAGAAGGAUAUUCAAGGCUUUGAUAUCCAGAUACAAACAUUCCAGCCAAGUUGAAUACACUGAUAUAAACCAAGAUUCCACAGUAUUCGUCUCCAAUGAUCAUGAAGGCUUGCAAACAUGUGAUCUAGCAUCUUCGCUAGCACAACAAACAGAUGAUAUACACAAGGCUGCGGGUGUAAAACUGUUCUACCAACCUUAUAUCAGACCAAAGACUGGUCUUGUUGAGACAGAUUUAUCAAAGUUUCUCGAAGAAACUACUGCUAAGCUUUUCUCCAAGUUGGACCGGCUGCUUCUGAAAGGUGGUACAGCUGACCAGACCCAGUCAGCUCUCGCCACACCCCGACUGGCCCGCCGUACCCUGGUGCGCAGACAGAGGGUGGGCAGCUCACCAAUGCUGUCCAACACAGCCACUUUACAGGAGAAUGAUUCUGGCACAGGACAGCGAUCAAAAACAUGGCAACAGUUCAGAAUGUUUGAAUCUCUAAUGGGUUGGAACUUGUCAAGACAGUUUUCUUUUGAUGAGACGAAUUCUGGUAGAAGUUCUAUGAAAUUGAUGCAGUUCUUUCAAAGAAUUUCAUCCCUUACAGAGGAUCAUAUUAGGGCUUCUUCCUUAGUUGUGAACUAUGUCUUGUAUCUGGUUAAGUGUGAGUUAGAAAACAUUGGUGCAAUUCAUUCUGAUGUGUAUAGAUUUGUGAAAUUCAUUCCAUCUGGGUCCACCAAAUAUGGAACUAAAGUGUCAAGAGUUAACACAUGUGAUUUUCUUAUGUUGCUUCAAUCACCACUCAAGCUUGAUGGUGCCAUUCAUGAAGUAAACUGUGACCACCAGCUGGUACCACCUGGAAUGGUGGUCAUUACAUUAGAUAAGGAUGCCACAGUGAAAGGGUCACAGAGAGACAUGGUCAUUCACUGUGAUAUAAAUGGUGAUACCCUACAAUGUCUUUCUUCAAAACAUUUGCUAAAGUUCUCUGAGGAGGUUAUUGACAUAUGCAUUCAGAAUCUGUAUACAAGGUGGAGAUCUGAUAUGGAUAAGUUACCAUUUACUGUAAAACGAUCAACAACAGCCCAACUGCAGCUCAGCAUCGACACCCGAGCCAUUGUUGGCCUGGGAGAAGCAGAGGUCAAGGUCGAUCUAAUCCCUGUUGUUGCCAUGGCAACAGAAGGACCUCUUCAGUCACCAUUGUUGUAUGGGACACCUAGAAUGGAAGACAGUGAGCCUAAAACACCUUUGGGUAGCAACUCUGGAUUUGUAAAUCCAAAUUGUUUAUGGAAGGUCCGAUAUGAUGACUUUGAUUCUGCUUUUGCAGUUGCCGUGGACAGACGAAAUGCAGAGAGCUAUAAUCAGUCAUGCAAUAAAGUGUGCUUGAUGAUAGUGAAGGCUAUAUUGACAGCCUGUGACCGGAAAAACCUGCUAGACCGGGGCAUAUUUCCCAGCUACCAUGUUGAGACUGUCAUGAACUUUCUCCUGUCUGAGAGCGAGCCUUUUCAGUGGGCACCUGAUUGCUUGGCUGACCGCUUCUCUGACACAGUCCACUUCCUGCAACAGUCGUACACGAAUGGCCGCCUCCCGGCAUUCUUCAUGAACAACCAGCACCUGAACAAGAAGAUGCCACAAGUUGGGGGAAACAAACUGUUGACAAGGAGAAGGCAGCACAACCUCCUGGCUGAGACAUCAUGUGAAGGCCGGGAGAAGUGCCUGGUUUACAUGAAGGAGCGAAUACGAGAAGUGGGUCUAACUGACUGCCUCAAUGAAGAAUACUCCCCAGAUAUGUGGGAAUAUGAAUUCUUCCUGUUCAACUAACAGUAAAUGAUGAGAUGAAAUUUUAAACAGAACUCAUGUGUUUAUAUAUAUUGAUUGUGUGAUAUGGCUUUAGAAUGCAUUAUUUUUAAGCUUUCAAAUAGUUACUUCAUUAAAUUGUUUCAUCAGUUUGAUGCUGUAAUGCUUAAAGUUUAAAUAUUAGUAUAAUGUGCAUGCUGUAACAUGUUAGUAUUUUUUUCACACACAUAUAUAUUGCUAGAUCUAUAGAUGUCACACACCGUGUGAUAAUUGGUUGAAGUGUCUAUUAUAUGGAUUAUUUUUUUUACAUAUGUUGUAGUCUUAAAUAAUUCAUUAAAUGAACAAAAAACA